AUGGAUUACCAAGGCAAGAUGACGAUCCUCUCCCCUCUCCUCGUCAUUCCCUUCCUCCUCCUCUACUCCGCCUACCUCGACCUCAAGGAUUACCUUGGGUUGGGUCUCGCGUAUGAGGCUGCCCCCCUGCUAAUGGCUGGUCUCGCUUGCCUUUUCGUGGCAAGCCCAGUCUUGGGGUACGGUAUCCUAAGCUUCGUGUCCAUCACCGCCGCUACCUUCCUCCACCUGUCCCGUGAGUUCCGCGUCCCGAUCAUGAGUGCCAUAAUUUACCUCACGGCACAAGCCGCCGCGUCGAGUUAUACUCCUCUCGGUUGGUGCGUGUUUGGGGCGGCUGUCUUCCUGACCCGAUGGCAUCUUCAUGGUCCGUGGAUUCUUCUAUGGGCAGUUGGGGAUCUAACAUGGACAUACCUCACCAUGCUGACGGUGAACCAUGUCAUGUACACCACUUCUUCUUCGAGCGGCUUUCGCCAUCUCUUAGAGAUUUGGUUCUACAUGCUUGAGCAAGCCCGAAUGCUUGAGUGGAAGGUCACUGUCCACGGCGGCAUCCAUAGAGAGAUAGUCCCCCUAUCGAUGAGAUGUGCUCGCUCCGCUGUCACGGUAGCCCAAUACCUGACAGGCAAGCUCUAUUCCUCUCUCUCUCCCCCUCCCCCUCCUCCUGCUCCGGUUCUUCCCAAAGAACCCACGGUGGUUGCUCCCGCUGAGGACCCCGUCAAGCAAGAGGAGGAGGCCAAAGAGAAGGAAUUGCAAGCGAGAAACAUCUCUCGGGUACACCAGCUGGGGAGGGAGCGCCGGCAGGUCGUCACGCCCCAGGCCAGGCCCCCGCCUGAGCGAGCGUUCACGCCCCUCCGACCUUUCAAGCCUAUGCCUAGGCCGGUCACUCCCUACGUCCCCAGGUACCUCAACCUUGAAAACUUUCCGCGCCUCGCCCCCACGCGUAAUGUGAGGAAGGAACAUCGUAUGACUCUUCAUAGGCGGUGGGAGAUAAAGCCUCAGUCACCUCGCAAGUCUCUGACUGAGAUGGUGAUUCCCACCACGGCUUGUGCAGAAGUCUUACUGGGUCCCCAACCUGCGCCGACUUACGAACCGGUGCCGACUUACGAGCCGGUACCGACUUACGAGCCGGUGGCAGGUCCCCAGUAUGUUCCGGAAUCCGAGGUCCCGUUGGUCCCGGGAUAUGAGCCUGUUGCCAUGCAACAGGUGGCUAUCCCCCAACCUGUGCCUCAGCAGUACGCGUGUGAUCCGUCCAUCUUUGCCUAUAAUCUGCCGAUGAACCUUUCGCCGUUCCCUGGGGUAGUUGUUCCGAUGGACAUCGAUGAUCCAUCGGAGGUCCAUGCAGUUGUCCUCCCACCCUUCAGUCAACCGACUGAGGAGGUCAAGUGCAAUGGAGACUACCUCAGCACAGAUAUAGACAUGGGCAUAGAUGAACCCUGCGAGGAGCUCAUGGUAGUGGAUGAGAUGUCGCAAGCCGGUGGCUGGGAGCUAAUGCAACACGACGGCUAUGGUUCAGACAUGGUCAUCGACGAUGACGCAGAAAUGCAAUUCGUCGAUGUUACCGCCAUGGUCAUCGACGAUGUUACAGCCAUGGCCAUCGACGAUGACGCAGAAAUGCAAUUCGUCGAUGUUACAGCCAUGGAAAUCGACGACGUUGUUGCUGAGCCCCCAUCGGCCUCUGCGGGCAACAAGGCGUUGCCUUCUUUGCAGGCAGCUGCAGCGGCUGCCCAAUCUUCAUUGAAGUCUUCAAUGGAGAACAGGUCAUCACCGCUCGCACCGGUGUCCACACCAGUGUACAGCCCAGCGUACGCGCAGGGGUACACUUCAGUGUACACACCGGUGCCCGCGCCAGCCCUCGCGCCAGCACCUGCAGAGAAGCAGCCUCCUCAUCCCUUCCAAUCGGCUGUUUUCAUCGGGGGGACUACCCAGAAGGCUAAGUCCCAGACCCUAAUCCAGAAGCCCAAGCCGAUGGCGCUUGCUGAGUCCUCGCCUCCCCCCAAGAUCGUGAUCAAGGGUAGCUUCGCGCAACAGAUGCUGAGGGAUUCGUAUCCCCCAAAGUCUGUUGUGACGCUGUCUGCUACCGACCCGAAAUCCUUUUCGAGUCCCACAUCGGUCUGGGGGCAAGGACCUACCAGCACGUACGCGCCCGGCGGGAAACUUACCGGGCUUGUCUCCAAACAAGCUCCACCUAAAACCACUGUGCCCUGGUAUGCGGAGAGCUCGGCGGAGAGCUCGAAGUCUCCCCAAGCACAACUGCCUAGCCAGGGCGCUUGGCCGACCCCUACCAAAGCACCGCUGCCCAGUCAGGGUGCUUGGCCGGCGCCGGCCACUCCCAAAGCACCGCUCCCUAGUCAGGGUGCUUGGCCAUCCAGUGGUGGAAGGUUGGAGCCUGUGGGUGCAAAGGGCAAGGGUAAGGCAACAGCGGCGGCAUCUACCACACCCCAGGGUGCGGGAAAUGUGCAGCUGCCCAUGUUCGCCAAUUACACACCCUCUGCAAACCCGGAGCUGGAUAGAUAUGAAGAUAUAUUCUCCAUCAAGUUGGAGGAUUAUAUGAACGCCCAUGGCGCCGAUGAUGAGACUGCUAGGGCGGCCAUCGCCAGAGAAAUGGGACCCCCGCCUGGUUGA